AUGGUAUUUAGCCCUGUUUCGUUCGACUCUGGACCUGGUUCUCUGCAGGAGAACGAAGGAGAGGAGAGUGGAGAUAAGGGAAGUGUUGAGAGAAAAGGACUGGUUGCGACACUGCAAACGAAGGUUGCAGACACUCUCAAGCAGUUUCUACGACCCAUCGAUGUAGAACUUCUGUCAGAGAUUGAUCUUCAAGGAGUGAGUUGGCAUCAAGGGAAGCAUGUUAUUGCCUUUAUAUCCGGUGCAAAUCAAGUAACAAUUCGUGACUAUGAGGACAAAGAUGAGAAAGAACCUUGCGUACUGACAAGUGAUUCUCAGAGAAGUGUUAAAGCCCUUGAGUGGAGGCCCAAUGGAGGAAAAUCCCUCUCCAUAGCCUGUAGGGGAGGGGUAUGCAUAUGGACUGCUUCCUAUCCAGGUAACAUGGCAUUGGCUAGAGCUGGUGGUUCUUCAUUGAGGGGAAGUUUUUCUCGAGGAUCUGGAACUCGCUGGAUCUUGGUGGACUUUCUCCGCUGUCAAAAUGAUGAACAAAUCAGUGCUCUCUCAUGGAGCCCUUGUGGAAGAUAUCCUGAAAAUGCUUUCUGCUAUAAUUUUGUCUUGCUUUACUUCAUUACCUCAUAUGACAGCUCAUCUUUCACCAUAUGGGAUGUUUCUCAAGGGGCAGGAACACCUAUUCGACGGGGGCUAGGUGGCAUAUCCAUGCUUAAAUGGUCACCCACAGGGGACUACUUCUUUGCUGCAAGAUUUGACGGGACUUUUUGCCUUUGGGAAACAAACACAUGGACAUCUGAGCCUUGGUCUUUGUCUACUGGAUCUGGAUCUGUCACGGGAGCAAUAUGGGAUCCUGAAGGACGGUUUAUCUUGAUUUCAUUUUCAAAAUCUUCAACUCUGGGUUCUGUUCAUUUCUCAUCCAAGCCACCAUCCUUGGAUGCCCAUCUAUUACCAGUUGAAUUACCAGAGAUAGCUACUUUGACUGGCAGCGAGGGAAUCGAGAAGAUAGCAUGGGAUGCAUCUGGGGAACGAUUGGCUGUGUCAUACAAAGGAGGUGAUGAGAAUUACAAAGGAUUGAUUGCCAUCUACGACACACGAAGAACACCUAUAGUAUCAGCAUCACUUGUUGGUUUCAUCAGAGGACCCGGUGAAAACCCGAAAGCUCUCUCCUUUUCAUUCCAUGACAAGUUCAAGCAAGGUCCACUCCUUUCCGUGUGUUGGAGCACCGGAUACUGCUGCACCUAUCCUCUCAUCUUCCGCUCACAUGUUCUUCCUUAA